CACAGAAGCAACGUGGCCCCCGAAGAAGGAAGGAAGCCGAGGCUUGUGGCUUUGCGCCCUUCCCUCACUUCAUUCAUUCUUUCCAUCACCACCCCAUAUCACCCGCACGACGAGCAAUUGUCGUUGACUUGAGUCAACCAACGCCUGCUUCUCGUGCCCCUUUCCCUUUUCCCCCACCUUUCCUCUCUCUCUCUGCACAUCCGCUUGUGUUUUUGUUGCUCCAACACACUGCCAACCAUGGCUGCUCUGCGCAUGCUUGGCCUCUGUGUCAUGCUGCUGGUGGCCUCUGCCGCUGCCCAGCGCAUCCACGUGGACAAGACCUCCCUCACCGUGAGCGAGGGUUUCUACGAGGUCAUCACCUUCACCCUUGACGAGCCCAUCAUUUGCACCACCCAGGAUGGCGAGUGCGCCGUUGUGAUUGAGGUGCAGAACCCACACCCGAACCAGGUUGCCAUUGAUAACUGCAUCAUCAAGUGGGACUGGCAGGACUGGCACCAGCCACGCACGCUGGUCAUCCGCGCCGUCGAGGACUUUGUGGAUGAUGGCACCUUUGAGGGCAUGAUUGUCACCGACCCGGCCAUCAGCCGCUCCGAGUACUACAAGAACUACAACGCCGCGGACAUUGUCAUCAAGACGCGUCCCCGCCGCUCUGCUCAGUGCUCCGGUACCGGUGACCCCCACUACCACACGUUUGACCGCAAGUACUGGCACAUCGUCGACGCCGGCCGCUACGUCCUCUACAAGACCCGCUCGCGCACCUUUGAGGUGCAGGUGCAGACGCGCGCUUACCCUGCCCGCCACUGCGCCUUUGCCGCACGUGAGGACAACGACGUUGUCGUCGUCUGGGCCUGCAACGGUAACCCGGUUGUCCGCCGCUCCUGCGGCUCUGACGAGUGCCGCCGUGGUGGCUUCCCCAAGCUCUCCAUCCGCGGCUCCAGCCGCCGUGCCAACUACUACGUCGAGUUCAAGUCUGGUGCCAUGGUCCGCGCCGACACCCAGCCCUACUACAUGAGCAUGUACCUCACCGCCCCUGGCCGUGACUUCAACGACGUGGAGGGCGUCUGCGGUAACUUUGACGGCAACCCCAACAACGAUGCCCCAGUCUACUACGCCCGCAGCGUCAACCAGCUCUGGUCCUCCCAGAGGCCCAGCUACGACCUCUUCGCCUGGUACCCGUCCCCGUCUCCCCCAUCCCCACCCCCACGCUCCUACGAGGAGUGCACGUACGAGGAGCCGCCAUUUGUGCGCCCCAUCCUCAACCGCCCAGACGCCGAGGACAUCACCAGCUUCAUCAAGGACCUCAACCUCAACGACGUCAUUGACAACGAGGACGUCGUCAUUGGCGGCAGCUCCGUGGACGAGUCGCUGAACGCCAUGGACCGCAACCUCGCCGUCGCCCAGUGCGACGACGUCAUCAGCAACUCCCACGUCGUCGCCGUCUGCCAGAACAACCUCCCCGGCUUUGACUUCACCGCGUACAUUGAGGACUGCGCCGACGAUUUGGCCGAGACGAGCAACGUCGACUUUAUCGAGGACGCCCUCGAGGCCCUCGAGCGCGACUGCGCCGAGCGCGCCAGCCGUGACCUCAACACCUGGGAGACGGACGAGAACGAGAACCCGGUCGAGCCAAACAAGGAGAUUCAGACCAACAUCUGCCCCAGCCAGUGCAACAACCGUGGUACCUGCGACGAGGGCAUCUGCACCUGCGAUGAGGGCUUCCUCGGCUUUGACUGCUCAAUCGACACCAACGCCCGCCCCGUCAUCACCUCCCUCGUCAAGCCUUUCUGCGACACCAAGGGCAUCAACGAGUGCACCGGCCGCCUCAGCGUCAUUGGCGAGGGCUUCUGGAACUCUGACAAGCUCCGCUGCCGCUUUGGCGACAUGGAGACGGACGCCUUCUUCCUCGGCUCCAUGGAGGUCGCCUGCGCCGUGCCCAACAAGGUGCACAGCGGCAGCGACGAGGAGACAGCCGUCGUCCAGGUCACCGUUGACGGCGACAACUGGUCCGAGUCGCAGGAGUUUGUCUUCACCUGGUACGACGGCGUCUGCCAGGUCUGCAACGCCCACGGCUGCGGCCCCAACCCAGAGUCGUGCACCAUCGACGGCACCUGCUACCACAACACCGCCCCCAACUCGGACAACAUCUGCCAGCAGUGCGACCCCAGCACUUCUGUCACGGAGUGGACCUGGACCUACCAGAACCACGAGGAGUGCGGCCCGUCCUUCCCCAAGGGCACCCCGACCGUCACCGUUGUCGGUGGCGCCGAGGCCGGCGACGUGAUUUACACCGUCGACGCCAGCAACUCCAAGGUCGCCGCGGACACCAGCAACGUCAUCACCUACUCCCUCACCGGCGGCGAUGGUCUCUUUGCCAUCAGCAACGACGGCGUCAUCACGGCCGCGCAGGCCUUCAACGUCCUUGACCUCGACGUGACCUUCAACAACUUCCUCUCCAUUGUCGCCACCGACUCUGCUGGCAACGAGGCCACCACGGGCAUCGUCAUUGACGCCGUCGCCGAGAACGUCGACCCUUACUUUUCAGACUCGUACUCUGUUGAGGUGCCCGAGGACGUCCAGGUUGGCUCCGUCAUCAUCUCCGUCCAGGCCCAGGACCGCAACGAGGACGACUCGCUCACCUACUCGUGGUUCUCCACGGAGGAGGGCUACGGCGACUACUUCCUCAUUGACGAGACCACCGGCGACGUGACCGUCAACCGCGAGCUCGACUUUGAGGACCGCGACCUGUUCACCCUCGUCGUCCGCGCCCGCGACAACGGCGGCCAGACCCACGUCACCACGCUCGAGGUCACCGUCACCGACGUUGCUGAGGCACCCAACGGCGUCGCCAUCGACUCUGACUCGCUCGAGGAGAACAGCGCCCCCGGCACCGUCGUCGGCACCCUCUCCACCCAGGACCCGGAUGACGUUGACGGCACACAGUCGUUCACUUACUCCACCUCCUCCUCCGUCUUUGCCAUUGACGGCGACAAGCUCGUCACCGCCCCCGGCUCCUCCUUUGACUUUGAGGCUGGCCCCACGGAGUACGAGGUCGAGGUCACCACCACCGACCAGGACGGCCUCACCUUCACCGACACCCUCACCGUCAGCAUUGUCGACGUCAACGAGAAGCCCUACAACGUGCGCCUCAACAUCCCCGGCUCUGAGCAGGGCAACUUUAUGAUCGAGGAGUCUGCGCCGCUCGACUCCAUUGUCGGCACCAUUGAGAAGCAGGACGACGAUGCGGACCAGACGGUGCUCUGCUCCCUCGCCAGCACGGACAACGGCCACUUUGAGAUCUCCGGCAACAACCUCGUCCUCAUUGACCAGCUCGACUACGAGGAGGACAACGAGCACAUGAUCACCGUCGUGUGCGUCGACGACGGCACCCCGACGCUCGCCUCGGACCCCGUCACCUUUGUCAUCCACGUCACCAACGUCGACGACGGUCCGUCCGACUUUGCCUUUGAGGGCACCGACGUCUCCGUUCCCGAGGACGCCCAGGUUGGCGACGUUGUGGCCCGCGUGGUUGCCGUCGACGUCGACGGUGGCGACAGCGCGUUUGACUUUUCCAUUGUCCGCGGCAAGUUUGCCGUCCCCAACGCCCCCGACUGCGAGGCCCAGCAGGACGGCUCCGUCCGCUGCGUCGUGGACCUUGUCCUCGCCGAGGCUCUCGACUUUGAGACGGCCGAGGAGGAGACGUUCACCAUUGAGGCCGACAGCAACGGCCGCGUCGGCAGCGCCCGCCUCACCAUCCCCGUCGCCAACGUCAACGAGCCCGUGUCCGCCAUCCAGUGGGCCGACGGUGUCAACACCAUCCCCGAGGACGUCGACGCCGGUGUCCUCGUCGGCACCCUCCUCCCCGUCGACCCAGACACCACCACCAUGGGCGUCGCCUACAACUUUGAGCUCCUCACCAACACGGACGUCUUUGAGCUUGUGCCGCUCAUGGCCAGCGCUGGCUCCAGCCGCCGCCGCCGCGCCAACGACGCCGAUGCCUACGGCGCCGAGGUGCGCGUCAAGGACCCGUCUGCCCUCGACUACGAGGACGAGUCCAAGCGCUCCUUCACCCUCAGCCUCCGCGUCACCGACAACGCCGACACGCCCGUCAGCUCUGUCGUUGAGGCCACCGUCGAGGUGACGGACGCUCCGCUGCGCCUCGUCACUGCCCCUGACUUUAUCACUGUCUCCGAAAACGCCUCUGUCAACACCCAGGUGGCUACCGUGUCCCUCGAGGGCAACGACCAUGCCGGUGUGCCAUACACCAUCACCCUCGUCGACGACGCCAACGGCGCCUUCCGCCUGGACGGCGACAAGAUUGUGGUCAACGGCGCCCUCAACUUUGAGGUUGCCCAGGCCCACGAGCUCACCUUUGAGGUUGACACGCAGGAGACGCCGCUCCCCACCUUUGCCGUGGUUGUCGGUGUUCGUAACGUCGAUGACGCCCCCGUCAUCUCCAUCGACUCUGUCAUGCAGGAGGUGAACAGCGACAUUCGCGUUGGCCAGACCGUCUUCUCCGUCGACGCCACUGACGAGGACGGCACGGGCGUUGAUGUGCAGCUCGAGGUUUCCGCCGGCAGCCUCACGCGCGAGAGCCUCCUGCUCCAGGUCUUUGGCUACCGCGCCAGCACCCAGUCUGUGUUUGUGCGCCAGACCCCAUCCACCGCGGGCCUGCCCUUGGGCACCUACCACAUGCGCCUCGUCGGCACCAGCGGCAUUGGCUCAACCUCGGUUGAGUUCACCAUCACCGUCUUUGACGACUGCCGCAGCAACCAGUGCGCCGCCACGGAGACGUGCGUCGACCGCUUUGGCAGCUACGACUGCUGCGAGGGCGCCACGUGCGUGAACAGCGCCGACGCCGGCUUUGACACGCGCUUUGACACGACCACGACCACCACCCAGGCGCCAAGCACCUCCAACUCGGCAGACACCACCACGGACGAGAACGGCAACGGCCCCAACGGCGGCAACGUCGACCUCUCCCGCACCGACGCCAGCAACUCUGGCGCCAGCGUCGGCCUCAUUGUCGGCGUUGUUGUCGGUGCCAUCUGCCUCAUUGCCCUCGUUGCUGUUGUGGUUAUCCUGGCCAUGCGCCGCCGCAACGACCCCGGCCGCCUCUUCCUCGCCGCCGAGGAGGGCAGCAAGACGUACAUGUCCAACCCCACGUACCGCUCUCCUCAGGAGCCCGUGUACGCGCAGGCCGACGGCCGCCAGACGGUUGCCUUUGUCCCCGGCGCCUCCAACCCGCUCUACGAGUGGUACCAGCCCGACAUGACGCGCCAGGAGUGCACCGACUCGCUCACCGACGCCCCCGCCGGCUCAUUCAUUGUCCGCGACUCCAAGGCCACCCCCGGCUGGCACAUGAUUGGCGUGCGCACGGAGUCUGCCGUUGUGCACGAGAAGAUCAAGCGCGGCGACGACGGCAUGUACGAGCUGCUCCCGGCCUCCAACGCGCCGCAGCCCGCCUUCCAGGACAUCCCCUCGCUCGUGUACCACUACUCUGAGCCUCGCGCGGACGUCCCGUUUGUGCUCUCCGCGUCAUCCCUGUCCAACCCCAUGUACGCCAUGUCGCAGAACGCCUCCACCGGCCAGUACGCGUACGCCCCGGGCAGCGCCAUCCCACACGACGCCGCCGCGCCCGCCGUUCCCAUCAAGGAGAAGGAGCGUGCUGCUGUCGAGCAGGUGGCCGCCAUGGACGACGGCGAGCUCUACACCAACACCACUGACGCCCAGGCCGCCCUUCACUCGAGCGCCUAAACAGCGAAAACGACGUGCGUUGUGUGUCUUUGGUGCACGUCUCAUUUUCUUCGUUGUUGGCGUCAGUGCUGUCGCGUGUUCUUCGUGUCGCGCCGCGCCGUGCCGUGUCAUUGUAGCCGUUGACUGUAUUGUUUUGUGGUUGUUUGAUGUGCUGUGUUGUGUGACCAGCGUGUGGUUGUGCAUGUCCUCGUUGUGGUGAUGGAUGGUCUUGUGCUUUGCAGCGAAACGGCGAGUGUGGUUUGCUCGUCGCAUGCCUGCAUUCAACUCCACCUUCCUGCCCGCCUGGACAACGCACCCCCGUCUUUUGUUAGCCGCCCAACCUGUAGUGUGCUGUUCGUGUGAAUCACAUCACAUCAUGCCAAUGUCGUGAGUACGCCUGAACAUGCCCAAUCCGUGUUUCGUUUGUGGUUGUGUUUUUCCGUGUUUCUGAUACGUUGCGGAGCACGCUGGUUGUUUCUCCAUUUGAUUUGCUUUGAUGUCACAACAUGCCAUUCCACCCGUUUGAUUGUUUCAUGAAACCAAAAAUCAACGCUUCUGUUCCUUUUCCCUCCCCCCGUCUCUCUUCCUUCCCCUCUCCCCUCUUUUCCCUCUCUUUGCUGUUGAUCUUUUUCGCCUUUUAUUUCGCUCUUUUCCCCCUGCCCCAAACAGUACUGCGACAAACAAGCAUACACUGCUUCACGCGCAAGCCGA